AUGUCUCGGCCGGAGGAUACCCUCUCCGCCGACGUGCACUACAAUGACACCGAGGCCCGCAAGUACACGACGAGCUCACGUAUACAAAACAUCCAGGCGUCCAUGACGCAGCGGGCCCUGGAGAUCCUCGAUCUCAGCUCUCCGAGCUUUAUCCUCGACGUCGGAUGCGGCAGCGGCCUCUCGGGGGAGAUGCUCUCGGCGGUGCCCGAGGACGAGGGCGGGCCGCACAUCUGGGUGGGCAUGGACAUAAGCGCCUCGAUGCUAGACGUGGCGCUACAGCGGGACGUCGAGGGCGACCUGCUCCUGGCUGAUAUCGGCCAGGGGGUUCCGUUCCGGGCGGGCACGUUCGAUGCCGCCAUCAGCAUCAGCGCGAUACAGUGGCUCUGCAAUGCCGAGAGCAGCGAGACGUCGCCGGCCGGCCGGCUGUCGAGGUUCUUCAAUGGGCUGUAUGCAUCGCUGAAGAGAGGGGGGAGGGCGGUGUGUCAGUUCUAUCCCAAGAACGACGCACAGCGGAACAUGAUCACCGCCGCCGCGGUCAGGGCUGGCUUCGGUGCCGGUAUCCUUGAGGACGACCCCGACACCAAGAACGUCAAGCUCUACCUUGUCCUGACAGCUGGCGGGACCGCUGCUCGCGGGGAUGGAGGCGAUAUCACGGGCGUGGUCCGAGGCAUGGAAGGCGUUGAUGUUCUGGACUCGAGGAAGACGCUCAGGAGCGGUAAGGGGGAGAUCAAGAAGGGCAGCAAGGCGUGGAUUGUCAAGAAAAAGGAGCAGAUGGAGAGGAAGGGGAAGAUUGUCAAGGCCACGUCCAAGUACACUGGCAGGAAACGGCGGACGGUGUUCUAA